CUCUGGUUGGAAACUUGAUAAAAUUACUGUUUAACAUAUUCCUUGAAUUCUAUAGCGACUAUCAUCGGAGGAAAUACACACGUUAGUUAAUACAGUUUUCAGAGCAGGAUUACAUUAUGCAUAUUGGGGUGGCAAGAUCGUCAUCUUGAAAACACCUGCGAUAUAUCAGGUAUUGGAGGGAAGUCAUUGGUCGUUGAGCGUUCACGACUGGAACAGGUUAGGACAAGUCUCCUCUCCCCAGUCUACAGUGUCGGGUGGUGGGACUCGGUGGGGGGGAUGUGUACCAGUGGUGUUCCAGCCAGCUCCAGCCAUGGGGUCAGCCGGUCGGGCUCCUCGUAUGCCCUGUGUGCCCUUGGGGUGGGGCUCAUAGCCCUGGGCAUCGUCAUGAUUGUGUGGUCAAUGGUUCCCGGGGAUGCUACCCAGAAAAUCAAGACUCCAGGCAACUCCAGUAUAACAGUGCCAGCAGACCAUGGUGAGGAUGGGGAUGGCGAGGAAGACAAGGAAGCAGCGAAGACCUUAUCAAUAGCCUAUGUGCUGGUGGGGGCAGGGGUGGCCAUGCUGCUGCUGUCUAUCUGCCUGGGGGUGAGGAACAAGCGGAGGAAUCACCAGAGAAGACAGGAGACACGGACCGUAGGAGUCCGCUUCGUGGACCAUGUGGCUGGGGAGGCAGGAGAGAAUUUAGAUGAGCCAGUCCCAGUCUACAACGUGCCCAGCUAUGAGGAGGCGGUCACCAGUGGCCAGUUCCCCAUCCGCCAGAGCAACUUACGCGGGAGCAACUCCCAGCUGCCUUCCUACGAGGACCUCAUCUGUGCUGUGGAAAACGAGGGGGAGGGACCAAGUGCUGACCCAGUUAAGGAGGCUCAUCCUAGCAGUCCCACUCCUGAGCCCCAGCCCGCCGCUGCGGCCAACCCCCACAGCAGUAGCCGGGCCAGCCGGAUACUACGGCCCAGCAGGGUACGCAGAAUCAAGUCUGAGAAACUCCAUCUGAAGGACUUUCGUUUUAACAUUCGCAACCCUACUGAUGCGAAGGUGACCAUUGAACCAAUCACUCCGCCACCACAGUACGAUGGCAAGAUACCUGAGUUCUGACAGCGCCCCCUAUAGCCUGGGAGUACUAAACGCAUUGUUUCAAUGUUGAGGAAGACAACACUAUUGCUGGAUCAGAUGUCUAAUAAUAAUAAUGAGGCCUAGCUGUUAGUGUUCCUCCUUCACCCUGAGGCAGACCCAGACAUUGUUGCUUUGAAUCAAGUUGUUUCUCAGCUCCAUUUUGACUCGUUUAUAGACUUAUUUAUUCAGGGGCUUAUUUUCCUCUCUGUUUAGAACACGGUGGCUGUGUUUUUAACUAUCGCCCUACAGAAGGCUUGACGGGGUGCUACGACGGGGUGCUACGCCACUGCUUAUAACUAUAGGUUAACUGUCGAAGAUGUGCCAACUUAAAUGAUCCAGCUCAGGGAGCCAGCUAUGCAUUUUGUUUGCUAACUUGCUAAGUGGCUAGCUUGCAAGUUCAAGCUUCUUGGUUAUAGCAGACAGUCAAUCCCCUCCUGGAUCAAGAUCCCUGCUACCUAAAUUUGUUUUGUGUGUCAAAUGUAUAUGAUUUCAAAUGACUUUUUUACGUUGGGAAAGAACUAGCACCCCUUGUGUGCACUGCCGGUAAUACUGUAUAUCACGGUAUGGUACAGGAAUGGUGUGAAGGUAGGAACCUGGAUACCGCACAACCCUGCCCUACAGGACACACUGCACCAAAUACUCUCGUUUCACCAAAUACUCUCGACUCCUAGUGAUCCUUACACCUCUGAAGCCACUUCCAUACCCAUCAAAAUAACUUAUCUCUGAACUCUCAAUAGCUGUUUUUCCACCAAGUUUUAGAUAAGGGGAAUAAUGGGGUGUUAACACUAGAGAUCCUGACCGCCAGUGUGACCUCCCCCCCCCCCCUUUUCUCUGCAUAAGCGUGCUUGGCCCUUCUUCUUCGGUCUGCUGAUGCAAUCAGGUCCUCAAACACAGGGGAGCGCCAGGGUGGGGAGGUUAUUAAAAAGGCAUCGGGGUCCUCUGGGUCUGUCGCCACAUCAGACAUGAUGUCUUCAGUUGACCCCACAAAUCAAUGCUUCCUUUCAGCAGAGUUCUUUUGACCGACUGUCUUGAACACUUGAAUCUCAAAGCUAAAAAAAAUAAAAAUAAAAGCGCAAGUCUCAACUUUUAAAAACUCAGUACUGUAUUUAAAAUGUAUGGAUUGGUUCACAUUUAUAAACUAACCCGUCUCUGGCGAUGCAUUCUUCUCUUUUGUAUGUUCCGUUCCUUUGCUCCGUCUGGGGUGUCUGACGACUUAUGCAUCUCUUUCAGUCCAACACCGAUUUGCAGCUGCAUCUGAGGUGACAGUGUGGUCUGUUAGCAAUGGCUAUAUGCUUCAAAAUCCUUGAAAAAAUUAUAAAAUGUAGAAUAUUGUUGCAGUCAGUCCAUGUCUUCGUAGGACUACUCACUUUCAAAUUCUGCCAUGCGCCACUCUCCAUCUGUGUACCUUCAUCUCAGCUGACUGACCAGCUGACUGACCAGCUGACUGACCAGCUGACUGACCAGCUGACUGACCAGCUGACUGACCAGCUGACAGUACACAGGUGUUGUGCUGGCGGUUGUUCCUGAGACAUUAGUUGACAAAGAAAAGUUCAUGCAUGAUAUUUGCACUAAGACUUAAUGUAACAUAUUUGAGAAUGCUAAAAUAACCAUCAUACAAGAACCUACCCUGAUUGCUUGGUUGGACUCCCCCCCCCCCCCCCCCAAAAAAAAAAAAUAUUGUCAAAUUCCAAGUCAUAAGUGAUCACAUUUGUCUUCACUUUUCUUGCGGCUUAUACUACAUUUGUUCUCCUCACCAGCAUUAUUGUGUGCCUUACUGUCCGCUAUUAAAACAGAAAAGAGCAUCAUUAGUAAAUUAACAUGAUUCAAAUAUUCAAUGUUAGCUACCACCAGUGUGCAAGUUGCAAAAGUAAACAUUGAACUUACGGAUAGCUCAUUCCAUUUUGCCUGACGAACGCCCGUCAUCCUUUCAGGUGCAGUCGCUGCAGAAGUGCUUAGCUGUAGCUACUGCUGCUGUUGUUGGAAUAGCUAGUUGAGCUACUUGUGUCAUCAGUCUAUUGUCCAUAUCAGCCACGAGUUGUAGACCGGCAUCUAAUUCAGCCUGGUUAUGACAUGAGUUGUUGGAAAUCCAUGCUCUCAUUUGGCGAUGCAUCAUUCCCUCGCACAAAGAGACUUCCGGCAGGUCCCAAAAACGAAUUGUGUCUAUUUUUUUUUUUAAUCAAUAGCCGCUUGUCUCCUUUGCUGUAUUUUACUAGGCUUGGUUAGCUAGCUAACGUUCAAUAGCUAGCUACCAAGCUAUCCGUUCUUCCGCCAACGUUGGAAGGCUAACGUUAGCCAACUGCUUUGGAAGAUUUGUAGCUAGCUAGUUAAUUUUACUUGCCAGCAAACAGUAGCUUGUUUUAGUCAACAAAAAUCCAUGUAACAUGAUCAUGUUAAUGUUAGUUAUUGACUACAUAGCUACAGUAGCAAUCUCUGCCAAUGUUAUAGCUGCUACAGUGCCAGCUAGCAGAGAUAGCUAUGCUAGCUAGAUUUAUUUCAAAUAUAAUAUGUUAUUUGUCACAUGCGCCGAAUACAACACCAAACCGUGAAAUGCUUACUUACAAGCCCUUAACCAACAAUGCAGUUCAAGAAAUAGAGUUAAGAAAAUA